UCCAGAUGAGGCUAAAGCACUGUGUAUUUCUGAAGUUUACGGUCUUCACUGGUGACUGUCAGCUCGUUUGUCAGGAAAACCUGGCUCUCUGACAACUCAAGAGUGAUAUAUUCAGCUGUCCAAAGUUUCUUUCUACACAGAUCUGCAGUGUGUCAGAGGAUAAAGUAAGUAGGAUCUGAAGGAAGAGCCUGCCUCUCAAUCCACUACAGAACUAUAGUCAAGAAAUUUGACAUCAUUUUACAGCUUUUAAACUUCAAAGAGACCAGAACAUCUUAGACUAAGGAUGAAGCAUCUAAAUGGAAAGCAGAAAAACAAAUCAAGCCAAAAAAGGAAGAAAACUUCCCAGAAACCAGGAUUCUCAAAUUCUGGGAAAAGCUAUCAGAUCAUACAUAAGAAUUUACGUUCAAGAUGCAUUGGGGAAAAUGAAGCCUCAAUUAUUACACAUAAAAUGAGAAGCUACCAAGUGGAAAAUGAAGUCCCAUUGAUGAGAAGCCACCAAAUAGAAAAGCUACAACGUGUUAAUACCGAAACACUUAAUUUUUAUCCAGAAUUGAAGAGUACAAAGCACUACACUGGCUUGAACACAUCCAAAAAUAAGGCUGUCAUUUGUUCUGUCUACAAUGGAAUACCUGAAAUAUAUGUUGAUGACCCAGUUGGGAACCAAGAUCGAGGUUCACUAUCGGUAGACUUCUUCACCUAUAGAACUUCAAAUGAAGACAAUUUGUCCUCCUCAGUGGUGGGCCUGAAACUUCGGCAUUCUGACACGGAUUUCCAGGUGCUUGCCAAUGACAAGAAUAUUGAGCUUCACAAAAGUGAAAGUCAAAACUCAGCCCAGGAAAACAAAUACUUCAUUCUGCACCAAAACUCUGAGUUAGUUUCAUUCGAGUGUCUCAAGUCUCAAGGAUUAUAUAUUGGUGUAGAGGAAGACCAGCUAAAACUUAUGGAGAAGAAAGAAGAUGACGAAGCUUUUAUGUUUCAGCUCCUCACUGAGUAAUUGGACCUCAACUCCUUUGGUAGCUUCUCAGCCUACACUAGGUUAAUGGGAUAGAAAUCUAUGAUUUUUUUGAGUAGGUGACCUAAAGAGAGACCCUAAGGAGUCUGAGAAUGCCCACCAUUCACCAGCAAUGGAGAAGGCUUAGGAUCUUGGAGGACUGAUUUCCACACUGGUGGGUGGAACCCUUUUGCAGAUCCAAUUACUUCUGUGUUUUUUUGUUUCUUUUCUUUCUGAUCUUUAUAUGUUCAAUAGAUAUAAUCCUGACUCUAUAGGACUACAGUGAAGUUAAAACUGACAGAAGCAAUGUCCUUUCUAAAUCGGUGAGGGCUACAGGCAAGACCCUGAUCUUUGAUUUUUUUCUACAUGUCAUCAAGACGAACUUGCACACAUAAAGAAAUGGUGAUUAGGGGAUUCUGGAAUCAAGGACAAAUUCGAGGCAUUUCCCUAUGAAAUGCGGCCCAUUUGAAAGAAUGUUAAGUUCAUAUAUUCAUGUUAGAAAUAUAUUUUUCUUAAUUCCAUAACACUACAUUAUAGUAACCAGUAAAGAAAAACAAUGGAGAGUAGGCAUUAACUUGAUCUUCCAUUUUCUCAGACUGCUAUAAUAGUCAUAUAAAGUUAGUUGUCUAAUUUGAAUAAGAGAGGCAAUGGAUAAAGAGUUGGCCUGGGUGCCUCUGACUCCAAAGGCUGGCGGACCCCAGGCCAGUCACUUAACCUUUUUGUGCUCUGGUCACAAUAGGUUGCAAAAAAGGUAGAGAGAGUUUCCUUAUCUAAGAGUUUCCAAUGCUAAUAAAAUCACAUCCUAACAUUUAACCAGGCUUUACAUUUUACAUAGAUUACCUCAUUUGAUUCCUAUAAUUGAGUCUGGGAAAUGGUCCUAGAAUGCCAGAAUUGAAGUCAGAAAAGAAUUGCGUUCCAACUCUGCUUUAGACUCUUACUAGGUAUAUAAACUAGGUAUAUAAACCUAAACAAGUUAUUACCAUAUUUAGGCUAUAGUUUCCUGAUCUGUAAAAUGGAAAUAAUAAUAGCACUGAUGACAGGGAUAAUAAGUGGUACUUUGUAAACCUGAGUUAUUAUUAUUACUUUAUAGAUGAGGAAAUAGGUUCAGAGAAGUUAAAUGACUUUUUCCUAUUUAAAUGCCAAAUGGUAUAGACUAUCACUAAGAAAACAGGAGUGCCUGCCUAUGUGAAAUUUUGAUUUCCACAACAGCUUUCUAGGAAUUAAGCUAAUCCAUAAAUUUCAAGAGAAUAGUAUUAAAAAUGACCAAACUUUACCAUCUCUAUCCUACAGUGGUACAUCCCUCCUUCUCAAGCAAUUGAACCAUUACUAGUGUUUAUUAAACACUUUCCAUGCAUCCCUCCUUUGCUAGUUGUAAGGGAAAAUACAGAAGAGGCAUAUAAAGCAGUUGCCCCUAUUCUCAAGGAAUUUAUCAUCAAACUGGAAAGAAAAGGCUAUUUACACAACUCUUGACCCAAAGAAUUGCUUAUCAUCUUAAAAAGGUAUUUCAUUCCUCUGAUAUUUACAAAGUUACAUAAGCAGAAUAUAGAAAUCUUCAAAUCAUAUGGCAAACUAAACACUAUUCUUCCAGUUACAGAUCCACUUACCUUGUGAAUCUGACCAUAAAUACAUGUCCCAGAGCAUCAGUGACAAUAGGAACCAACUUUUGUUUCCAUAACCCAAUUUUCUUUCUGUAACUAAUUUCUCUAGCCUAAUCCCAUGUUCCUUUCCACAACCUGAGCAUGCAUCUGUAAUAAUAGCUGCUUUUGAGCUCUGCAAAGUGCUGUUUACAUGUGUUAUCUUAUUUGCUCUUCACAACAGUACUGUGAAGUAAAUACUAUCAUCAUUAUUAUUAUUAUUUGCAUUUUAAAGAUGAUAAAACUGGGACUGAGAAAGGAUGAACUCCCCCCACCCUGGUCACAGUGUCCAUUUGUAUAGACAGAUUAUCAGUGAGAAAAUAGAAGUGUGUGCAUAUGUGAAAUUUUGUAAAUCAGACACUAGUAGGUGCCCCAAAAGGCAAAAAGAUCAUUCCAACAGGUCAAAGAAUUCUGUUUAGUAGGUUCAGAGCUGGAGGGACCAAUCCAACCUUUUCACCUGACAAGUUCAAACAAUUUUUUUCUUAAAGUCAGAUUUCAUCAACAUGUUCAAACAACUAAAAGUAAAGUUUGCUUCUUUUUUUCUUUAGAAGAAGGUAGUAGGUUAAAGAUAGUUUUAUUCCUAUGCUAUAGCCUCAAGCCUUUUUCACUGAAUCUGUUUAUAGUGACUUUCAUUAUUCCAAAAGAAUAAGACCAGAAAACUCAGUAUGUUUAAUCAUUUCCAUUACAUCAGCCACAAAAAAUUCCAUUUCGUAAAUCUUGGAACCCCAUUCCUUCCAAACAGCAAGAGACUAGUAUCAUCUUCUCUACCGGAUCAAAUUAAACUCAGUUACCCACCCUUUGGGCAGCUAGGUGGGUGACACAGCAGAUAGAGUACUGGGUCUGGAGUCAGGAAGACCUGAGUUCAAAUCCGGCC